AACAAUAGAGCGGGCGAGCGGCUCAUUGAGAGUCUGGCAGCGCCGGGCAACUGGGCCCCGGCUGCGCGCAGCGUCCGGCGCGCACCGCGAGGGGACCCGGCACGGCGAGAGUCAGGUCGCGGGUUCCAACCACGCGGCCCGCAGACGAGCCUCCGACCCGGAUUUCUGAAGGGAGGGUUGGACUGCGCUGCGUUCUGAGGGGUCCGGAAGUUCGGACAUGGUGACUGAAGGAGGGUGACGUGGUCAGAUAAGGGGCCGGGGGCAAAGGGAAGCGGCCAAGAGCUCCAGCGUCGCCAGUGGAGCCGUGAGGCGCGUGCAGCGCCAGCGGAGGAGGAGGAUCCCGGAGCCCAAGGCAGGUCCUGUCAUGGAGCUGCGCUCGGAGCUGCCCAGCGUGCCCGGCGCGGCGACGGCGGCGGCGGCAACAGCGACGGGGCCGCCUGUGGCGUCGGUGGCGUCGGUGGCGGCAGCCGCGGCGGCCGCCGCAUCGCUACCGGUAAGCGUGGCAGGCGGCUUGCUGCGGGGGCCGCCACUGUUGCUGCGGGCAGCCGAGAAGUACCCGCGGACCCCCAAGUGCGCGCGCUGUCGCAACCAUGGCGUGGUGUCGGCCCUCAAGGGCCACAAACGCUACUGUCGCUGGAAGGACUGCCUGUGCGCCAAGUGCACGCUCAUCGCGGAGCGCCAGCGUGUCAUGGCGGCGCAGGUGGCGCUGCGCAGGCAGCAGGCGCAGGAGGAGAACGAGGCGCGCGAGCUGCAGCUGCUCUACGGCACUGCCGAGGGGCUGGCGCUGGCCGCCGCCAACGGCAUCAUCCCCCCGAGGCCCGCCUACGAGGUCUUCGGUUCAGUGUGCGCCGCCGACGGCGGGGGACCUGGAGCGGGAGCGCCCGCGGGGACCGGAGGCGGAGCAGCUGGCGCAGGGGGCUCAGAGGCCAAGUUGCAGAAGUUUGACCUGUUUCCUAAGACGCUGCUGCAGGCAGGCCGCCCGGGCAGCCCGCCGCCGCCGCCGGUGAAGCCCUUAUCACCCGACGGCGCAGACUCGGGGCCCGGGACGUCGUCCCCAGAGGUGCGGCCCGGCUCAGGCUCGGAGAACGGCGAUGGCGAAUCCUUUUCUGGUUCGCCCCUAGCUCGGGCCUCCAAAGAGGCAGGUGGCAGCUGCCCAGGCAGCGCUGGCCCUGGCGGUGGCGGCGAGGAGGACAGCCCGGGCUCCGCUAGCCCUCUGGGCUCUGAAUCCGGUUCAGAGGCUGACAAAGAAGAGGGUGAGGCCGCGCCGGCGCCAGGGCUGGGCGGAGGCUCGGGUCCACGGCAGCGGACGCCGCUGGACAUCUUGACACGCGUGUUCCCAGGCCACCGGCGAGGCGUCCUGGAGCUGGUGUUGCAGGGCUGCGGCGGCGACGUGGUGCAGGCCAUCGAGCAGGUGCUGAACCACCACCGUGGGGGCCUGGCGGCCGGCCUGGGCCCUGCGGCGCCCCCAGAUAAGGCCGCCGUGGGUGCUGCAGCAGCUGCAGACGACGCGUGGCCCAGCCGCGUCGACGCCGCCGCCGCCGCUGCCGGGGGGCCUGGGCUGCCUGCGCCGCUGCAGGCGGGGCCCGCCGCACCUCCGCACCACAGACCCUUGCUGGCCGGCGCCAUGGCGCCUGGGGCGCUGGGCUCGCUGAGCAGCCGCUCGGCCUUCUCGCCGCUGCAGCCCAACGCCAGUCACUUCGGUGCCGACGCGGGCGCCUACCCGCUGGGCGCGCCGCUCGGCCUCAGCCCCCUGCGCCUGGCCUACUCCGCGGCGGCGGCGCACAGCCGCGGUCUGGCCUUCAUGGCGCCCUACUCCACUGCCGGCUUGGUGCCCACGCUCGGCUUCCGCCCACCCAUGGACUACGCCUUUAGCGAUCUCAUGCGUGACCGCUCGGCCGCCGCUGCUGCGGCGGUGCACAAGGAGCCGACCUACGGCGGCGGCCUGUACGGGCCUAUGGUCAACGGCGCUCCGGAGAAGCAGUAGGGCGAGGGGCCUGGCAGCCGGCCGGUCCCCAAACAGGGACCCCAGCCCUGUUCCCGCGGGUCAUCGACCCCUCUUCGCCCAGCGCUCUCUCUGCGCCCUGGCUGGGGUCUUCUCACUCUAAGGUGGUUUUUGGGUUUUGUUUAGGAGGGUGGGUGGGGAAGGCUGAGCAAAGGGGGAGCAGCUACAGACAGGUGCAGUUGUUCUCGGAGGGGGUGCGCGGCCUGGGUCCUCAUCUCCUACCUCCGGAUCCCUCUUCCAGCCUCACCCGGCCCCCUUUCCGAAAGGCUGGGAAUUCAUGAGAAUUCAGAGGCUGCGACAGCAGCGCAGGCUCCUGCGGCUCCUUAGCUGUGCUCAUCCGGCUCUCAGUGGAUGGCAGGAUAAUCCGAGAGUCUUUUCUGUGUCUCCCCAGCCCUCACUUUUAAAAAAUUUAAAUAUUCACUCUAACAAAUAUAAAUUUAGGAUGUAUAAAUCUCUUGGCACUGAGUCUUUGGGACACACAUAUAUAUCGAUAAAAUUGUAAAAAAAAAAAAAAGGAAACAAGUUUUAAGGUGCACUUUCCUCGUUGCGGUAUUUGUCGCUCUCUUUGUUGCUUAUGCCGAUAAGCAUGGGUUUCCUUGGUGCAGUGUGUUUUUAUAUAUGUAUAAAUCUAUAUAUAAUCUAUACAUAUAUAUAUACAAGCCAGUGUAUAAUGUUAUAAAAUGGAAUUCUAAGUUAUUAAUUGUAAUCUGUAGGUGACCUCGGUAUUAACGUGAAAAACAUUCAAAACAAGCAAAAAAAGGGACAAAAUGGAAAAAAAUUAGACUAUGCGCGCAUUAUACUUAUCAGGUUUAUAGAUUAAAUAUAUUGGAAACUCGGGAUGAAUCCUGCCCACCUGCCCCUCUUGCCUGCGGCUGGUCUGUCCCUAAGGAGCCGUCAAGGUGCGCACUGAAGCAGGAACAGAGCGACGUGUGACUGAGCCAGAACCGCCCGCUCGCGGGCCCAUCCUCGCCUCCCGGGACUCGCCAAACGCCCUGACUGAAGGGCCCGCAGCGGAAAACGCUGCUGCAGAGCAGCACUUUGUGCUUUCCUUUGCAUAGAUAUGAACUAGAAAUAAAUGUUAUUUUCUAAGAAAACAA